AAAUGCAUGAUAGUUUUCAAUGCUACGUAUAUCAAUUCAUCAAUAAAGACUAUUGAAAUAAACAAAUCAUGUGGUGUUUCAUUGCUUUUUCCGUAGCAAUCGCUGCACAACAGUGUUUUUGUCAAAUAUGUUGUACUCCCGAUCAAUGGACCGCUGAUAUGUUUUUGGAUUAUGGCACAGUAUAUAUUGAUAGAAAGAAAGAUGUACCAAAUACGUCUUACUCCUAUAUCAAUGGAACAAUAAAGGCCACGUAUGAUUAUCCAAACCAACGGAGUUACGUCAAUCUACGGGGAGCGGAAGUGUUCCCACUUGUUCCGGGCCCAAGCGUUCCAUACCACGCCACCAUUAUCAACGACUACAAGAAUGGGAUGCAAUAUGAUAUUAAACCAGAUGGCAGUUGUGAAAAGGAAAGACUUGGAAAUAUGACAAAACAGUGCAUACCAAAGGAUGCCAAAUUAGUCAACACUGGCUCACUGGCGAUGGAAUGGAAUAAGGUUGAGAAUUACAAGUUUGCAAUCAAUGAUGAUUCAAUGUCUGUUGAUGCCACGGUCAGCAGGAAUUUACCUUCAUCGUCCUGUAACCCAGUACAUGUUGUGUAUUUCAUCGGUAGCGCUGAGUACGACAGUGGAGCAAUGAUUAAUCUGGACGUCCUGAAUGUCGUACCUUAUAACACUGACCCGUCCGUGUUCCACAUUCCUCCACAGUGCAGGAACGCCAGGUUUAAGGUCAGGCGUUCACUUACUAUUGAUAGAAUAACCCAUAAUUAUUCCUUCAUAAUUCUUGAUUUUGCAUUUGUAUUGCAAACACGGUACUUUUUGCAGAUUUAUCGCUCGUGAUUGCUCAUCUUUAGAUUAAAUAUUUACUCGAAUAUGUAUUGAAGGCAUGUAGAUGUAUGUGUAAUUUCGUUAAUUGCUUAAAGACUAAGGACGUAAAAGACAGUGAUCCAAUAAAACGAAUUCCACUUUCAUUUACGUAAAAUAGAACUCUUUUGUGUGUUUUUUUCUUUCAGAUUGAAAAUGAAGAAAAUAAUAAACUGGAGCUGGUUCUGAAAAUGAGGGUUUUCAUUUGAAUAACUGUUAUGUGCAAGAGUCAAUAAACACAUAUGGUGUUGCUAUAAAUAUGUAUCAUCGUUAAUAUUUUUAAGAAUUAAAUAACGAUUAUGUUUUCUAAAAGCUGUUAGUGAAUUAUGUUUCUGCUUUUUACAAUAUAAUACGAAGUAAAUAGAUCGAUUCAAGAAUUAAGGAACAAUUUUGAAGCAUGCCUGGAGAGUGUACAAAAACAUAGAUUGUUUUGGAGUCGUUAUUCCUUUUUGAAGCAUCGUUCAAUUGUUUAUCGAUUGAUUGUAUAUUGUUUAACGUCCCUCUCGAGUAUAUUUCACUCAUAUGAGACGUCACCAUUGCCGGUGAAGAGCUGCAAAAUUUACGCCCACGGCCUUUGAGCAGGGAGGGGUUUUAUCGUGCCACACCUGCUAGAAAUGUGUCAAUGAUUUUUUUCAUACCUAAAUUUGAGGUACUUAUUAAUUCUUAACAUGUAUGCAUUUAAUAAUAAUGUCUUUUAAAAAACCCAGAUAUGGUCGACCUAAAAUGAGUACAUUGUAUGUUGCUUCUUUGUUUUUCAUUACACCUUUAUUCACAGAACUUUCAUUUACCAUAUUUCUAGAUAAGCACAUAUAUCAGGUCUUUAUUUCUUUCUUUACUUUUUGAAUUAAAAUCAAGAGCUUUGGAUGUAUUGUAUUGCAUGCAUAAUUUGGUGAGGACUCAAUUUUUAUGGAAAAUUUACAAAAUUACAAAUAUGGAAACUUUUUGUAAUUUUAUUACCCAUGCUUAUAAUUUGUUUUCCAUUCUUCAUUUCAAACGAUGUAAAUUACAUAUUAUGGGAAAAUUCGUAAGCAUUUUCACAUGUCAGUUUAAAGGUGAGAUCAAUGGCUCUAAAUGUAACAGAAUGAGAUAAUACUAAUUGCAGCAAGGUCCCUCUUGUCUGUGAUUGGUUGUGAUGUUUUGAGUGAUACCUACACUGAUGCAGACCAUACAUGUACGUACAUCGUUGUGUUCCCACUUCUAAUAAAUGUCAAUGUGUAUGUAACAAAACAUCUUCUAUCAAAAUUACACAAUUCACGACUCCUAAAUCGGAAGUCAGGCCCUUUGAAGAUGAAGACUUGUGUAUCUAUUCUUAAGGGGAUAUAAUCAAUCUGUACCAUGUGAUGGGUGCUGUUCCUGGAACAAGACGAAACAGCCCAUGUAGAGUGCCACAGCCAAGGUCUCCAUCGAUUGUACAGGGCUUUAUAUUCGUGUAAAAUUUGCGAUUUUUGGACCAUUAUUUGACUUUGGUGUUCUCCCUCUUAAAGUUUUCUCAACUAGAAGGCCCCGGGUCCGGCGCCACGUUCAAACCAACACAAGCAGUGAUUGUUCCUUCACCAAGCCCUGUCCAGCAUUAGAAACGAAAGUUACAGGUCGAUUACGAACUGAAAUACCGGGGCAGAUAAGUGUUGACACGAGAACCCUCACUGCUACGGUCCUGAGCGUCAUGCAGACAUACAUGUAUGUAGGUCAAAACCUACAGCUCUUAAGAAAAAUUGUUGAAUAAGAUGAAAAUAACAGAUAUGUUAAAUUUCUUCCACUCAUACCGUAAACAGAAGAUUGAACAUAGGUGUAGGCCUAUUGGUUGUAGAGAUAUCUACACAUUUACUCUUGGUGUAAACGAAAUACAUUUAUAAAACUAUAUAUAUCAAGACAGAGACAAGGGUCAUUUGCAAAUUAAGGUAAAUCCAUACUAGCAUUUUUAUCUGAUAAAAGUAUAGGAAGUGUAUUUAUUUCCAUUUAUUAGAGUUCAAAGUAAUAAAUCAUCAAAUAAAAUAUACAGGUCUGACAUCACACUUUUUAAGUUGCGAGACAUACACAGAAUCACAUAUCAACAUCAGAAAAUUGCACUUUUUCUUAAACAGCAUUACCAAAAUUUCACCAAAUUCAUGAUGAUUUCCUGAAACUGUUUCUUUUCAAAUUGUACAAAAUGUCUGAAAAAUAAAGGGAAUCCGUCGCAUGAUGGACUUGAUAACGAAAUCGAUGAAAACAGUUAUUGCACUUGGAUUUAAUAUUCUGAAACAGAUAAUUGUUUAUUCAUCUAUAACUUAGAUUUUUGAAGUAUUUCAUGUUUAAAAAGAUUUUUUUUAACAAUACCUAUUGGAAAAUUAUGUUCCUGUCAUGCAUAAAUCUAAAUAAAUCAAUGAUUUUGCUAAAUCUUAUGACAUCACAGGAGGGAGCAAAAUGAUUUAAUUAAUUCAAACCUUUGUAUUAAUGCACUUAAAUCUACAAAAUAUUACAUGAUUUGUCAUUUUUUAGCGUAGCAUCAUUUUCGUUAUCUUGUCUUCUUUCGGGGAAAUCACACUUUAAGUCAUUUAGCUUUGCAGGUACUUUGGUGUAGAAUUGUAUUAGCUGAUUUCCCCCAGAAUUUUCUUUUGAAGAUUUCUUUAGUCAUUUGUUAUGUAAUAAAUGGCAAUUUUCAAUCUCA